AAGAGUAAACUAAACAAAGUAUUCUUCGAACACUUGAGUUGACUUUUAUUUAAAACAUCAGCAAACAACAUAUGUUAUGCGUUGCUUGUAACAAAUGACCUCGUAUAAUCUACUAACCUAGCCCUCUUGUUCGCAUAAAAAAAGCCCUCAAAUAUGCCAUAUUACUACUUUGACAGCUUAAAAUGGGCGACUUAAAUUCUUGACAACGAUAAUUUAGCAAAAUAUAAUGCUAGGGCCAAAGAUUACUUUUAUUACAUUUAUUCAUUUAUUACUGUGCUAUCUAACACAUUACAAUAAUUUAAAACAUUUAUUGGAUAAGCCAAAUUCAAGAACCCCAGUCAUGUGUAAGGCUAAACUUGUGUGACAAUGUUAUGUUUCAAAAGUGACUGAAACAACAGAAUAAAACCGCAGGUUUGGCUCGAACUACUAUCACAAAAUACGCUUUGUCUAAAAUCUAAACUCUAGUGAUUAAAUUAAGCCUUUGUAAAUAACAGGUUUAUAUUAUCUUAACACAAUACGAAUAACAUUUUUUAAAACACAUGUUGCAACUUUUAAACAAACAGUAAUUACCCAAUUAGGCUGAUAACACAUGUAUGUUCAAUAUUGACUUAUCAUUAAUUCACUUGUAAAAUAUUGGAACAACCUCAGCAAGGAAUGGUCAGAGUAUAUAAAGAUUCUUCAAGUUCAAAUUAUGUUCUUCUAAUUUGGUAAAGCAAAGUUUUCUUAUGGCAUAACAAAGUUGCAGUCAACGUAAUGAAUGUGACAAAUAUUUUGAUUGUUUUAUUUCUUGUGUUCAGGAAUUGCAAUGGUGAUCAUAUGCAAGGGGGGUCUGUGUCAUGGAGAGUUAUGCAAGAAAAUGAUGAUGGUACUUUUAAGAUUCAGCAUUUAGUACGAUACCAAUCUAGCCGUCCUUGCUCUAAACCCGACAACUUUCGAUGUGAGUCCAGAACUGAUGGAUGUAGUGAUUAUGAAGAUCUAGUGAUCGUUGAUUACACGUGUCCCAACACAAUAAACCUAGGAAUUACAUCUACUACAUCACAGUCUGUUGUUUAUAGUGUUGAAAAAAAAUAUGAAGACAUCACCAGAAUCCAGGAAGGAUGUUGCUGGAAGUUUGAGCUAUACAGAGGCAUCAGCGAUUACGCAAUGUCUUAUCAUAUGGAUUUGAGUCCACGCAGUGACACAAGUUACCCUAAUUCCUCUCCAGCUCUCAUCUAUCAACCAUAUGCUUUUGUCAGAAUUGGCUGUCCAGAGGCAAUAAAAAUCCACACAUUAGAUCAAGAUGUUGGAGAUGUUGUAACAUGCAGAUUUGGAAAUGCAGAAAUUGAAAAUGGGGAUAUUCAGAUUUACUCACAUUUGUCAAUGAAUGAGGAAGAAUGUGAGCUUGUGUACAAUGGUGGGGGCUCAGCGGGAGAAGUAGCUGUUUCAAUUAUAACGGAAGAUCGAAAAGGUACAGCUGGUAUGUCGAAACUGAAAGCAGUUAAGAGUCAACAACCCAUGAGUUAUUCAUCACACCAGUUUAUUCUUAAAAUUUCAAAUGGACCUCAACAGCAAUCAACUUGUUAUGAUCGUCCUACCUUUAUUGACCCAACUCCACCUGAUCAACAUUUACUGCGUGUUGCUGGCGGGACAACAUACAACAAAACCAUCAGCAUUCAAGGUUUAAAAGGAGGCAGCAUUGAACACCUUAGUGUUGUUUCAUCUUUCGAUGUGACAAAAUCAAACAUUGUUCAGACAAACACUCAUGUCUAUGAGGUUGAACUUGAAUGGGUGGUGGAUUCAAAUGACACCGGCACGAACUAUAUUUGUUACACAGCAUGGGAUUCGAACAGUUUUGUCUCUAAUCAACAAUGUUUCUUCGUUGAAGUAAAUGGGGGAUGUAGCAAGAAUAAUGGAGGUUGCACUGACAAUUGCAUCGUACUUGAAAAUGCUGGUGAAGAAGAAUACAAAUGUGAAUGUGGGAGAAGUUGUUGGGAGCUACAUAAAGAUCAGAGGACAUGCAUGCCAAAGCUUGAACACAAUUGUGAUAAUGAUCAAAUUGAAAUAAGAGUUCCAAAAUGUGCUGUUGAUGGUCCUAUUGGGGUUGGGAAUUUUGACUCAGAUGUUACACCACCACCUGAGUGUAGAAGUGUUGACUCAUCCACUCAUCAUGUGUUUAGAUUCAACAAGUACCAGUGUGAUACAGUUAACUCGGAAAACAUUGUCCAGAGUUUGUAUCAAAAUGUUGUUACCAUGUGGAUUGAAGAUCCAAAAGAAGACUCAAGUGGUACUGGAGGUGGCAUAACAAGAGGUUCAUGGUAUGAGAUAGACAGCACAUGUACAAAGGAGAAAGCUUUUGAUACAGAGGGUGAAUAUAACCCAGAAGAUACAACUACAACUAUAGUGGUGGAAGAGGGCUUUGGUCAAAUUGAUAUUUCAUUUGAUUAUUAUACGGAUGAAACAUUCCAGGAAGCCUAUUCACCUUAUGACUACCCAGUUGACUUUGAUGUUGGCAGCAAUAUGUACUUUGCAAUUGAAGCUGAAUGUGACAAAUCAGAAGUUGAAUUAUUUACUGAGCAGUGUGUAGCACAGCCCGAGCCAAGACCCCCUGGCGUGGAAGACUACAUUAUGUUGGAUGAGGGAUGUAUAAUUGAUAAAACAAUGAAAUGUUAUCCUUCAACCAACCCAAUGAUUAAUCAGUUUAGUAUCGAAGCUUUUCGUUUUUCAUAUGAAACUGCAGGAGUAACUGAGAACACCAAUGUUUUAAUUAAGUGUUCAGUUCUGGUUUGUGUGCAAAAUGAUACAACUUCUAGAUGUUACAAGGGCUGCAUAGAAGGUUAUAACAGUGCUUCAUCCAAUAAUCUCAUUAACAGAAAAAGCCGUCAAAACCUAUGUCCUUCAAUAUACAAACAGCCACAGGCAGUGACAUACUCAAAUAACUCUGAAGAGUUACCACAUAUAAACAAAGUGGAUCCUAAAUAUGUUCAAACUGAUCUGAUACCAUUGGUUGACCCAAAUGUAAUCACCAUCAAGUCAAAACCCGAAACAACAACUGAUGGCAGUACUACAUUACUUCCAUCUAAUACACCAACUAAUAUUGCUAUCACAACUACUACAAGAACUAGUGAGCAUACCACAACUACUACAGAUGGUGCCCAUGCGCUUAUAAGCAACAUGCUUUAUACAAUAGGCAUUAUUUGCACUGGAUGGUGGAUACAAUUUUCAUUAUUUUAAAACAAAUGAAACAGAAACCUAAAGCCACGCAAUAAAGCCUAUAUAAAUGUAAAUCUUAUAACACCACAUCGAAUUACUACAGCAAUUGAUAUAGUUAAUAUAUACACUGAUAUUUACUACCAACGCACGCUACUGUAUGCUGAAGUGUUUAAAUGAUUUACCUUGAUUGAUUGCAUGAUGUAUGUUUCGUUGAUUCUCUUCUGUAGCAUGAUAUAGGUUCCGUUGAUUCUACCCAUUUUGGCCUACACUUCAAUAAAACCAAUAUAACUUGAACUGUGGUAAUUACUUUACAAAACAGCACUACAAACAACUCAAAGCGCACCUAUAUAGGCUAGUCCAAAACUGAAUCAAGUUAUUUUGCCUCUGUUUCAAAGAUAAUUUUAGACACGAAAUUAGGAGUUUUCGAAAUUAAAAUGCACAGCUGGAAUCAGGUAAUUAUGAAUAACAUUCUAGCUUAACUCUAAGAUGCUUACCAGCUAUGGUAAUACGGCAGAUGGACAUUCGUAUAGUCGAUAUAAGCAUUAACAUUUUAACUGCAGUGCUUCGACAGACCACGUUUUAAGUCAAAAUGUCGUCGACCAAUCAGAAGGCAGAACUGAAAUGACUCAAGGCUUUCUCGUCGUUUCUAUGAAAUUUUACACUACACAAUUUAAACACAAAGUAAAAUGUUAUUAUUUAUAUGUGAUAUUUAAACAAAUACGGAUUUUUUUAUAAUUUUUAUAUUAUAAAAUUCUGUUUAUGGAUAUAUCGUAUAGGCUUUCUCGCCAAAAACAUGCGAUGUUUCGACAAAAUCACGUGAUGAUAGGGCACAGUAAAAAUUUUCGUAGGCCGUAAACACGAAAAAGAAUGGACAGAUUUCGGUUAUUAUAUUUUAUUUUUUUUCUUACAUUUUUGGUUCUUCUACUAAAACUGGUUUGGAAGAAUGUAAAUUCGCAUGUUGUGUACUUUUUAAGUUUACGUGCUCGCACGACAAUCGCUUUAAGUAGUUUCCGUAAAUUGUAAAAUUUCCGACAG